AUGCCGAGCGUCCACUGGCCCGGGCCCAUCGUCUUACCCGGCGAUUUCGACGACGCCGACGCCCCCGACGCGUUGGUGUGCCCAAUCACCCAGUGCCUGAUGACCGAACCCGCUCUCGUCGUCUCUUCCGGGCGCACGUACGAGCGCGCCGCGAUCGUUCGAUGGAUCCAGCAGCACGGCGUCGACCCGCUCGACAGGGGCAACGUCUUGCGCGUCGACCAGCUCGCGCCCAACCUCGCGGUGCGGCAGAUGGUGGAGACGUGGGCGCGUCAGCGAUGCGGGGGCGUUUUGCCGACGCAGGACGUCCGCGGCGGAAGCGUACCGGUCGCGACGCCGCCGCCGUCCAUCGCCGCCCUCGUCGACGCGGACGCCGCCGCCGCCGCCGCCGCCGAUCGCCCAACGCAGGAACCGAACCCGGCACCCGCCGAACGCACCAACGCGUCGUUAGCCACUCGACCAUUCGCGGGCGAAGACGACCCGAUCGUCGACGGCGCAAUCACCGUCCUCGGCCACUACCGCGCCCCCGGUGCGCCGCCGUCGGAGGAUGGCAAGUUCUUCCUCUUCUCGUCCGCGAGGCUGGCGAAGGUGCUGCGCGGACGCGGGUGGGCGUCGCACGGCGUCCUCGCAGACGCCGGCGGCCACGUCAAGAACGGAGCCGGCGCCACCGCGAUUGUUACGAAUUCGAGAACGGGAAAGACGGGGGGGUGCCUCCUGUGGGGCGCCGGCGGCGGUUCCACGGGCGUGGGCGUCGGGUGCUGGAACCCCGCGGAGUACUCCGAACCCGGAAGCUUCCGACGCGGGGACGUUUUGGUGUUACCGGACUUUGUCGGGGCGGGCGUGCCGGCGGCGGGGGCCGCGUCGGGUCGGGCGGGAUCGGCGUCGCCAAAUCGGGUCGUUGAAAAGGUGCUCACCCCCGCGAGGGUGACCAAAAAUUCGGGCACGGGGUGGAACCUCGCCGGGGACGAGAUCGCGUUCGGGCGGUGCGGCGUCGUCGGGGACUGGUGGCGGGAACUGUCGGUGACGUUCGAGUUUGAUUCCCCGGGUGGCGUGACAGUGAGCCGGGUUAGGACGGAUUCGGGCGCCGAUCUGCCUUGCAUCGCUGAGGUUCAGAUUUUAAACGGCGAAAGUUGGCGACCGGUGCCCGUGACUCGCGACGCCGGUUCAUCUUCCGCCGGUUCACCCGUCGUCGAUUCGAUCGCCAACGUGACGAAGGUGCGGUGCGUGUGGUCCGAGACGGACUUGCACAAGACGAACGGGCUGAGCACCGCUCGCGGCGGCGGGGGGGUGCACUGCGAGGUGAUUGGGCCGGCGGAUCCGGGGGCGACGGGCGUUACGGGCGUUACGGGCGUUACGACGGGCGUUACGACGGGCGGCGCGGGGGUGGCGACGAGGCGCCUGCCGAUGGUGUGA